AUGCAUGAAAUGAAUUUAGAAAGUAGCAUGCAUAAUUCGAAUAAUGAUCCAGAUAUAUUUGUUUUACCACUUGCAACACCUGAUGGACAUCUACCUGAUAGCUCAACCACAACGAAAAAUGGCUCUACCAAUAGUAUUGCAAGAACAAUUAGAGACGAAUUCUAUAUCAAUAUCAAAUCCUUUGAAAAGAAUUGGUCGGGUGAAUGUCGAGUGUGUCACGAAGUGAAAUAUGAUAACUUAGGUGUAACGUCGAAUAUAAAUCGUCAUGUGAAAUCAAAACAUGUGAAAGAAUACGAAGAGUGGUGUGCUGAACUACGGUCUGUCGAUGGAUGUGGUAUACAACAAAAGAUAUCAGAUAUGUUUGUUCAAAAAAAUGAACCAAGAACAAAAGCAUCAUCAAGUUCAUACAGUGUUAAUCAUCCACGACAAAUUCAACUGUCUCAAUCCAUUGUUGAAAAUCUGAUCAUUGAUUUAGGAUUACCAUUGUCAAUAGUUGAACGUGAAUCUUUUAUCAAAUUUAUGCACGAUAUUGAUCCAAAGUUCACCAUGUUUAGUAGACGAACAUUGAGUCGUUCUAGAAUUCCACAUCUUUUCAACAAUAUGAACGAUGAACUGAAGAAAUUUUGUUAUCAAUCCCAAUUUAUUUCUCUGACUUUAGAUAUUUGGACGGAUCGUCGUAUGCGUGCCUUUUUCGCUAUGACUGGUAUGAUAUUUAGCUGCUCUAAUACCGACGAGAAUACCAAUGUAAUAACUUCAUUUUUAUAUUUAGGUCAUGCUUUUGUAGGAAGUCAAUUAAAAUCAUAUGUAUUAUGUUUUUUACCUUUGUAUGGUAGCCAUACGGCGAAUUUAUUGCUGCAAACCUACGAGAAUAUUGUUAAUAGUUUUGAUAUCAAUGGAAAAUUAGUCAGAUUAGUGACUGAUAAUGCGAGCAAUAAUAUUAAAGCUUAUGAGAAUUUGAUUAUACCUGGAUUUGAAUCUUACUUCGAGACGGAAGAUGAUGAUAAUGAUGAAGGUGGCAGUGACAUCGACUUAGAUGGCUUCUUAGAUGAAGAAGCCAAUGAACCUGAUAUUCCAGUUGAUAUGAAAAAAGAUUCGAAUAUGAUUGAAUUAAUAAAAAACAGCUUUGACAAUGUUACUUCUUCCAAUGAAUUACUACGUAUACCAUGUUUUGCUCAUUCAAUUCAGUUAGUGGUAAAUGAUGGUUUAAAACAAACGUCAUCGAUUCAAUCGGUCUUGACAAAAGUAGCUAAAAUAGCCAAACUAUCCCAUUCUAGCACAAUUUUUGCAGAAAAACUCGAACAAAUUAAUAAAUCUAUACCAAAAGCGAACAAAACUAGAUGGAAUAGCCAAUUUAAUACGAUUGAAAAGGUUCUAUCGAUACCUUCAUUAGAAUUAAAUGACAUUUUGAUUACGCUUAAACGCAAAGAUCUUUGUUUACUUACCAAAGACUUCGAUAUAUUAAAUGAAUUCGUUUCAUUAUUCACUUUAUUUGCUGAUGCAACAACCAUCACGCAAUCUGAAAAUAUCCCAUCAAUCUCUUAUGUUGCUCCCACUUUAUUGUCCAUUUACUAUGAUCUGUUGAAUGAGCGAUCAUCUGUCAGAUACACUUCAUCGUUAUGUGAUGCUUUAUCAUCUUCAUUGGUGGCUCGCUUUGGUGGCUUAUUUGAACAACUUCAUAUUCCUAUCGAUUCAUCGAUUAAAAGAAAAUGCACAUAUGAACUUUAUAAAGAUGAAAUAUUUCUUUACUCACCAUUUCUUGAUACGAAAUUCAAACUUCAUUGGAUUAACGAAUCCUCAUUACCAUAUGAUACAAAAAAAACUGUAUGUGACAAAAUAACAAAACUAGUGUAUGACCAUUGUGUGGUGCUUCAUCAUCUGGAUCAAUCAGCAACAGCAGCAUUUGAAACAAGUAUAGUUCUUCCGAGUUCUGAACCAACAACACCAUUAACACCAACGAGAUCAACUUCGAAACGUAAAAGUCUUUUCUCCAAUAUCGAACAAAAGACCAAUAAAAGACAAAAAACUGAUGCAUUUAGUUUCAUUCGAGAUGAAAUCUCGAUUUAUCUACACGAUGAUGACGAUUCAGAUCGAUUACUUCUUAUUAAUCAAGCGAACAAAUUCAAAACAUUAACAAAAUUAGCAACGAAAAUUCUAAGUGUACCUGCAACAUCAGCACCUGUUGAAAGAAUAUUCUCACAAAGUGGCUUUUUAUUCAGACAGCACAGAGCCAAAAUGUCUCGAAGAACAUUACAAAUGUUAACUAUGUUGAAGUGUAAUCAUGGAUUGUUGUAA